AUGAUGGUGCGUUUGCGCUUGACCACCAAGCAGGUCAAUGGUGGCUACUACAAGGGAAACCGGACCGGCUCCAUGGGUCACUUCGACAAGAGAGGCACAUACAGGCCCGAUUUGACAAAGCACCGUGUUUAUAUGCCUGCGGAGAAGCUUGAAAUUCCCGGGAGACAUUACACCGCUGAGACUGCGAAGGUGCCAUUCACUCUCGCCCCCUUCAUCACAAAACACAUGCGCAAGACACCAUCGAACUACGUUCAAGAUAUCGAGAGAAAUGGCCGAAAGAUUACUGUGAUCAGAGGAUUUGAGGGCAAGGACUAUUUGGAGAAGUGGGCCGAGACCGCCGAAGCCGAAGAGGCCCGACUAGCACAACCGUACACCAAGAAGAUCGAGAAGAUCGAGUCCAAGCCGACGCCGCAGCUUAAGCAGACUGUUCAGAUUGAGACCCAAGAGCUGGCCCAAACGCCCAAGACGCCCAAGCCCUCCAAGACCCUUUUCUAA